AUGAAAAUGCAUUACAAUUGGUGUCAAACCCAGCGUUCAGUCCUUAUAAUCGCUUUAAUUGUUAUAAUUAUUAUAUUUUACAUUCGGUUUGAGUUUGAGAUCAAUAAAAUCCAAACACAUAACCGACAGUUGGAUCUACUCUUAACUCAGACCAGAUUCCUUCGCACCGGUGAUGACGACAGCGACAGUAAUCUUCUCAUUGAAUCCGAUUCGCAGACACUUCAGGAGAAGACUCGGCGUCCGAUUGGCGGCAAAGACACUGUCAUUAUCUAUAAUCGGGUGCCGAAGACCGGGAGCACCAGCUUUAUGGGCAUCGCCUAUGACUUGUGCGCCACCAAUGGCUUCAAUGUAUUGCAUUUGAAUACAUCGAAGAAUAGUCACGUGAUGUCACUGUCGGAUCAGUUGCGGUUCGCGGCGAAUGUGAGCCAAUGGCGGUCAAGACAUCCGGCGCUAAUUCACGGCCACAUCGCGUACAUAGACUUCGAUCGGUUGGGCGUAUCGGACGUGAAACCCAUUUACAUAAACCUAAUCCGUCGACCACUGGAACGACUCGUCUCUUAUUACUACUUCUUGAGAAACGGCGAUAACUUUCGGCCAUAUGUUGUGCGCCGACGACAGGGCGACAAAAAGACGUUCGACGAGUGCGUCCGACGGGACGAACACGACUGCCAUCCGGACAUUAUGUGGCUUCAGAUACCCUUCUUCUGCGGCCACGUCUUCGAGUGUUGGCUUCCGGGCAAUGAGUGGGCCCUAAGCGAAGCCAAACGCAAUUUGGUGGACAAAUACCUGUUGGUCGGACUCACGGAACAGAUGUCCGACUUUAUAGCCGUAUUAGAGGCGGCGUUACCGCAGUUUUUCGCCGGCGCUGUCCAACAGUACCGAAGCGGACAAAAAGCUCAUUUACGCAAAACCUAUAAUAAAGUGAAACCGAUGGCCGAAACGGUGGCCAAAAUACAAGAGUCGAAAGUGUGGCGAAUGGAGAACGAGUUCUACGAGUUUGCGUCCAAACAAUUCCAGUUCAUUCUUCAGCGGACUCUCAAUACAGCGAACGGCCAGUCAGUGGACAGAGGGAGGCAGUGGUUCUUCGAGAAGGUUCGCCCAAAACGAUAG